GUCCGUGCCGGGGCUUCCGCCUUCCCUGCGCGACGAUGGCGACGAGUUUCGAGUGGCCGUGGCAGUACCGCUUCCCGCCCUUCUUCACGCUGCAGCCCAACAUGGAUACGCGGCAGAAGCAGCUGGCUGCCUGGUGCUCCCUGGUGCUGUCCUUCUGCCGCCUGCACAAGCAGAGUGCCAUGACGGUGAUGGAGGCGCAGGACAGCCCCCUCUUCAACAACACCCGGCUGCAGCGGAAGCUGUCCGUGGAGUCCAUACAGGUCGUUCUGGAGGAGCUGAGGAAAAAAGGGAAUCUCGAGUGGCUGGACAAGGGCAAGACCAGCUUUCUGGUCCUGUGGCGGCGGCCAGAGGAGUGGGGGAAACUCAUCUAUCAGUGGGUGGCAAAGAGCGGCCAGACCAACUCUGUGUUCACCUUGUAUGAACUGAGCAGUGGGGACGACACGGAGGACGAGGAGUUCCACGGACUGGACGAGGCCACGCUGCUGCGGGCACUGCAGGCGCUUCAGCUGGAGCACAAGGCCGAGAUCAUCACCCUCAACGACGGGCGGGGGGUCAAGUUCUUCUAGGUGUGGGGCUGCCCCUUCACCCCCCGUCGAGAAGUGACCGGCACCCAGAGGGGCCUGGAGCCUGGCCCCAUCCGUACCCCGCACAGCCUCUUCUGCGGAGGAGGGGCCGGCCCCCCCCGCACCCGCAAACCUAGGCCUGGGCUGGGACCCGCGGGGAUGGGAUGUCAGAUGUUGCUUGGGCUCUCACUGGGCACUGGUGCCCCUGGGGAGAUGCCCGGCUGGGUGGGGCUAGGGCCACCCGGUUCACGUAAUUAAAGGAAGAAACUACGCUCCGC